GCAAGAGCAACUGACAAAUUUUACCCAAUGCAUGUUUUUAACUUUUUACGUCUCUGAUAUCGCACCCAGACCAUCAAUACCAAACGCAAUGCUUAGAUUAUACAAUAUCCUCCAAUUUGCAUUAGGAACCAUACAGCUGCCACGUAUAAUUUCGUUAUAAUUAUGAGUUACAAUAAAGUAAGUGAAGGAAGCUGGAAACCGUUGUUGCCUCGCCUCUUGUUGUGAUCUACAGCUGGUGCCUUACGGUUCUUUCAUCUCCGCGUUUUUCUCUUAUUUCUCGCUAAUUUACUCAUCCCCAGACGUGAGGCAGAGGAUGGCAGUGGUGGUGGUGGAGUGGUGAUGGUGGUGGUGUGGUGGUGGUGAUGAUCGCGGUGAGGCACCACAGCUCAGCCACACAAUGGAGGAGGAAGGAAGGGUGAAGUUUUUGCCGCAGAAGAGCAACACACCCACGUGUUGCGCUUUCCACCCCAAGGAUCGCUAUGCCUUUGCCUUCGGGGGCCAGGAGGGGGAGGUGAGCCUAGUCAGUGCUCUGCGGGGAGAGGUGGUUCGCUCAGUGACUGUCGGAUCCCUCAAUCUCACGCGUGCCAUCAACUCUCUCACUUUCUCAUCAGAUGGAUCGAAGGCCAUCACCUCAUCAGUGUCCCGUAAAGUGGUGUUAAUGGAUGUGGAGCGCGGCGCCACCCUGCUGGCAUACGACAAUUGUGUGAGCCCCCAGGAGACACGGCAGCCUCUAGCCACACACCCCGCCCUGCCUCACCUCGUUGCCUGCCCUGCCGUUAAUGCUAAGGGCAUCACUCUGCUGGACCUUAGGAUGCCUCUGCCUCUUGACUUUAUUUAUGAUCUGCACGAGGACACCAUCCACGACCUCCUCUUCCUGGAUGGGUCUUGGCCUUGGGGGUCAGGCAAGGCAGUAUUGGUCUCAGGAUCUGCAUCAGGAGAGGUGAAAGUGAACGGGUUAGAUGGAAGGCCCCUGUGUUCAUUCUCCACCCAGCCUCCCGUCACCCUCCUCCACCCAUCACCUGAUGCAUUCAAUGCUGCCCUCUCUAGUGGAUACCCAAGUGUGGUGCUGGUCAACACAGGGGAGGGGCUGGUGUCUUGGGGGGUGGGGAAGCGGCCCUGGAAGUGGGAGACAGAGAAGAUCCACCCAGCAGGAGUCACCCGCAUGAAGUACACCCAGAGUGGAGGGAUUCUCUACACUGUGCAAGGUAAGGCCGUGCACCGCCACCGUCGCUAUCCUGACCGCCACGCCCCCUCGGCCAAGUUUUCACCCAUGCCGCGCCUAUCUGUGACCUGGACCUCUCCCCUUACAAUGAGUAUCUGAUCACAGCCUCCCAAGAUGGCAGUGUGGGUCUCCUGCAUCUGGGCGCUCCCAACCACGGCUGGACCCAGAGGUGUGAAUUCACGUGAGAGAGAGAGAGAGAGAGAGAGAGAGAGAGAGAGAGAGAGAGAGAGAGAGAGAGAGGUUAUUAUAUAUAUUUUCUUUUAGUUUUCUGACUUUUGUGAGUUUUCUUUCCAUUAUCUGUGUGUGUGUAUGUUUGUGUGUGUGUGAGAGAGAGAGAGAGAGAGAGAGAGAGAGAUUGUUAGGAUAGUGUUAUUUUUAUUUUGUUUUGUUAAUAAAUUUUUGUUGCAUUAUCUGAGAGAAAGAGAGAGAGAGAGAGAGAGAGAGAGAGAGAGAGAGAGAGAGAGAGAGAGAGAGAGAGAGAGAGAGAGAGAGAGAGAGAGAGAGAGAUUGUUAGGAUAGUGUUGUUUUCAUUUUGUUUUGUUGAUAAAUUUUUGUUGCAUUAUCUGAGAGAGAGAGAGAGAGAGAGAUGUAAAGAACCUUUUAUUUAUUCCUUUACUUGUAUUUUGAGUUAUAGAGUAUUCUCUCUCUCUCUCUCUCUCUCUCUCUCUCUCUCUCUCUCUCUCUCUCUCUCUCUCUCUCUCUCUCUCUCUCUCUCUGUCUGUCUGUCUGUCUGUCUGUCUGUCUGUCUGUCUGUCUGUCUGCCCUAUACGUUCACCUCUAUUUUUAAGAGUCUGUGGUAAUUCUUUCCAUAUAUAUAUACAAACAUACAUUUCUAUACAUUAUUCCCGGUGUAUUUGUGUAUACUUAUCAACAAUUUUAUUAGUAUUCAGUUAUGACCAAUUAUUAUUAUUAUUCAUUCCAGUAUUUGUGUUACUGCAAUAGGUGUGUUUGACUAUUAUUAUUAUUAUUAUUAUUAUUAUUAUUAUUAUUAUUAUUAUUAUUAUUAUUAUUAUUAUUAUUAUUGUUGUUGUUGUUGUUGUUGUGUGUGUGUGUGUGUGUGUGUGUGUGUGUUUUGAUUUACGAAGCAAUAAUAAUGAGAGAGAGAGAGAGAGAGAGAGAGAGAGAGAGAGAGAGAGAGAGAGAGAGAGAGACUUUUGUACCAGAAAUAGUUUGUAUUAUAUUAAAUAAAAAUAAAUAAAUAAA